GUCGCCUCGGUGUCUCACGUCCAUUUGUCUCAGCUCUUCUAUUGCAUGAGGUGUUAGAUGUUGGCUGCGGUCGUCACACGUGCCUAUUUUAUAAAUUCCAGCCGAGGCCGACACGACACCAUAGGCAUGGGAAUAGCAUAUGGUUCGACAACCCUAAUUUAGAGUCCGUGUACCACCCUCGCACUCGCUACUACAGCUAGGCUAGAUUGCAGGACUUUCCGGCGACCAUGGGCCAAAUGAUAACGACCCUUCGUGCGGCGUACGACCAAAGCAGACCUCCAAAGACUAAGUUCACCGUAGACGAUAUCCCGGAUCUGUCAGGAAAAGUUACGAUCGUCACUGGUGGAUACACAGGCAUUGGUCUGGAAACAGCGAAAGCAUUGCUAAGGCAUAAUGCAAAGGUGUAUAUUGCCGGGAGGAAUAAAGCAAAGGCCGAUGCUGCGAUCUCGGAGUUGAAUAAAGAAACGGGGAAAGAAGCUGUAUUUCUCGAGUUGGAUCUUGCGAGUUUGAAGGCUGUCAAGAAGGCUGCUGAGGAAUUCAUAAGCAAAGAGACGCAACUCAACAUAUUAUUCAACAAUGGUGGAGUAAUGUAUCCGCCAGUCGAACAACUUACGCCUGACGGUUACGACCUUCAAUUCGGCACAAACGUUCUCGGUCACUUCUAUUUUACCCAACUCCUCAUCCCCGUCCUGCUCGAAACCGCCAAGUCUUCACCUGAUUCACACGUCCGCGUUGUCACGACGUCGUCUCUUGGACACAUGAUGCACGUCUCCUCCAACAUCCGCUACGAUACUCUACGCGACUCACCCGCACGUAAAAAACUUGGCACCAUGAAUCUUUACGCACAAAGUAAAUUCGGGAACGUUCUAAUUGCACGCGAACUUGCCAGGAGGUACGGUGAUCAAGGCAUCGUCUCUACAUCCCUCAACCCUGGGAAUAUCAAGACGGAGUUGCAGAGAAACGUGAAAGGGAUUCAAAAGAAGAUACUUGACCUGGCUCUUUUCCCAGCUCCUUUUGGUGCGCUGACUCAAUUGUAUGCUGGAACGUCCCCAGCUGCGAAAGAUAUAAAUGGUGCAUACCUCGUUCCAUGGGCACGCGUCGCAGAGUGUCGCAAAGACGCACGCGAUCCGAAGACAGCGGAGGAAUUGUGGCACUGGUGCGAAGAGCAGGUUAAGGAUGUCUAACGCAAUGUUAUAGUUCGAGGAACGUACCUGUGCUGAUAUAGGUACUCCGACGAAACACGUCCGCGUGCGGAGAAGGCUUGGUAUCUUUUGGGUUUGCCUUUUGAAUAUGCUGAUAUUUCGUUUUCACGAUUUUUUUUUGGAUUCCUCACAUAUUUUCCAAUAAUCAUACCUUCUGAUGCUCAAUUUGUUUACUUGUACUAUUUCAGUACAACUCUUUAAGAUUCGUUCAACACUAGGAGAUCCAAACACAGUUCUUCU